UUUUGUGAAGUGUUGCUUGUUAACAAUUACGUCAUAGUACUUGGUUUUAAUCCAAUGUUGUUGAAAAAAAAAAAAUUCUGGUUUUUUUUCCCCCAGAAAUAUAUUCGAAGGAAUCCUCGGGGUUCAAAAUUAUUACCACCUCGAAUCAAUGUUCCAGAAUCUGACCUUCAUCUUCGCAGAUUAUAUGGUUUACCUCCUCUGGAUUUGAAGAGGAAACCAAAGUAUUUAGCAGCAUUUUCAGUUGGUAUUCAUCAAAUGUAUAAUAUUGAUGCAUGUGUUAAAAAGUUUUCUGAGGAUUUCCAAAUUGUGCUGUUUCAUUAUGAUGGGAAGACAACUGAAUGGGACCAAUUUGAAUGGUCAAAGAAAGCAAUCCAUGUUACUGCCAGCAAACAAACAAAAUGGUGGUAUGCGAAAAGGUUUUUGCACCCUGAUGUUGUUGCUGCUUAUGAAUAUAUUUUCAUAUGGGAUGAAGAUCUUGGAGUGGAACACUUCAAUGCAGACAGAUACAUAGAGCUGGUGAAGAAACAUGGUUUGGAGAUCUCACAACCAGGUUUGGGGCCCAAUGAUGUAGUCACAUGGGAGAUGACAAGGAGGAGAGAGGACCAAGAGGUUCACAAGGUUAGCCUCGAGAGACCAGGCUGGUGUAGCGAUCAACAUUUACCACCAUGUGCAGCUUUUGUGGAAAUUAUGGCGCCUGUAUUUUCUCGUGAAGCCUGGCGAUGUGUAUGGUAUAUGAUUCAGAAUGAUCUUGUGCACGGAUGGGGAUUGGAUUUUGCUCUCAGAAGAUGUGUUGAGCCCGCACAUGAAAAAAUUGGAGUAGUAGAUUCAGAGUGGAUUAUUCAUAAAGUAAUCCCUUCUGUUGUAAAUCAGGGAGUGACCAAAUUUGAGAAAUCUCGUAGACAAGAGGUUAGAAUAAGGUGCAAAAGCGAGUUGUCGAUUUUUCAGGAUCGUCUCGCCAAUGCCGACAUGGCAUACCAUGCUCAGUUCGGAAAUGGGUAAUUUUUGGUUUUUGGUUUUUUGCUUAACUAUAUUACUUUUCUCACUUAGGUGCUUAAGGUUAAACUAUCAAUUUUGUCUCAUUUAUCCUAAAACUUUAGGUACUUAGUGUAAAAAUGAUAUAGUCUAAGGACCAAUUUUGUAAUUAAACCUUUUAAAUUUGUUUUUCCUCAGACUUCCCUCAUUAUCUUCCUCAUUUGUAAAUUAUAGUCAUCUCAAUUGAUGUUUGUUAGGGUUCAAUUUUUGACUCUCUUUUUUUCCUGAAAAA